CAGUACAAACAAACUACUUCCUGAAUGAGAGAACCGUUGCCCAGAAAGAAACCAAAAAAAGGGAAGUGGUGUUUGAGCAACUUAACCCUAGUAACGCUCACAUAUACACGUCACAUGGCCUUGUGUGUCUGUUUGACUAAGGACAUCGUGUUUAAGCCUGCUGAGUCAUAUUUGCUGACGAAUUUCAAGUGUCUGGAAUGAGGAAGGAGCUAAGACAUGAUUAGGACUCACAUGAAGAGAAAGGACUUGUGGGACUUCAUUUAUUGGACCAUGCCUCGUCUUCCUGGUGGACGUCUCCUAUGAUGGCCCAGGAGUUUGUGCUGAAACAAAGGACUGAGAUACUCGCCGCCGUGUGCAGCAGCGGCUCGUCUGAGCACCUCGAGAGGGUUCUGGACGUCCUCCUGGCCCACGGGGAGCUCUCGUGGGAGGAAUACCAGAGCAUCCAAGUCCAGGGAAGACCGCUUCACGCCAACGCUAGACACCUGCUGGACAUUGUCUACACCAAGGGCUUGGCCAUCUGCCAGCUUUUUGUCGCCGCUCUGCAACAGACCAUCCCUGAAGGUCCAGGGGCGGGACUUUGCGUCUCUGAAGGCGUCUCGCAGGUGGAAAAAAGCAGAGAAGCCCACCAGACAUCCGGUGAAGCUCUUCUCAGUCAAAGACCGAGCCUGGUUGGCAAGUUGCAAGGCUGCGUUGACGGCACGUUAGAAGUCCUGCAUGAAACAGGACACUUCACCUCGGAGGACUGCAAUGAAGUACGGCUGCCAAUACACACCCCCUCUCAGCAGGCGAGACGUUUACUCAAUCUCGUCAGCUCCAAAGGUGAGUUGGCGGCCAACGUGGUGCUUCAGUUCAUUGACCAAAAGCAGCAAUCUGGCCGCUGUAGCCUCACCCCACCCAAAGAGUUCCUCAAAUACCAGAAGAAGCUCUGCAGUUCCGUGUUGGCCCAGUCCAGCUUCCUCAGCACCUAUGGCGGCACCAGCCACAUGCCGCUGGAUGACAUCUACACCGAAGGCCAGCUGGAGCUAGCUGCGGACCUCGAGGUUCAAGGAAAUUUGGGCCUGGGGGACAUUGUUAGUACGGCGGGCAUUAUAAACGAGGAAGCGGACACGGUUCUAGUAUCAGGGGAUGCGGGCAGCGGAAAGAGCACUUUACUCCAGAGACUGCACCUGCUCUGGGCUCGGGGCACCGCCCUGUCCGAGUUCCUCUUGUUGUUCCCUUUCAGCUGCCGGAAGCUGAAUUCCGAACUCAAGGAGCUAUCCGUUCAAGACCUGCUCUUUCGGCACUGCUGCUGGCCUGACCGGGAGCAAGAGGACAUCUUCCGCUUCAUCUUGGACCACCCCCAUGUGGUCAUCUUCACGUUCGACGGUCUGGAUGAGCUAAAGCAGAGCUUUUCGGACGAGCACAGGCUGUGCUGCCCCACCCAGCCUGCGCCCGUUCACGUCCUGUUGUUCAACCUGCUUCAGGGUUCCCUCAUGAAGGGGGUACGAAAGGUGGUAACAAGUCGCUCAGAAGCUGUAGGUCCAAUACUGAAGAAAUAUCUUCGCAAAGAAGUUUUCCUCAAAGGCUUCUCCCCAAACGGUAUUGACUGUUUUGUCAAGAAACAACACCACGACCCAGCAGUGGCUGCUAAGGUUCUGGCUUCUAUUCAAGCAAACACGUUUUUGCUCGGACUUUGCCACAGUCCGGUCCUCUGCUGGAUUGUCUCGCAGUGCCACAAGGAGCUGCUGGGCUGCGGCGAUGGAACGCCGCAAACAAUAACAGACGUCUACUUGAUGAUCUUGCAGCACUUUCUCCAGCAUCAAAGCUCCCUUAAGACCUCCAAAGGGUCGGGUUGGUUUCAGGAGCAUCUCGCCACCGUGUUGCAUCUCGGCCAGCUUGCCCUCCAGGGUGUUAAAGCAUCUUGUUACGUUUUCUCCAACACAGAUCUGGACUCCUGCUGUGUCACAGAAAAGGAUAUCUGCACCGGCUUCCUCAUCCAAAGCAAAGAUAUGUCCAAGGAUCACAGUCAUCGAUACGAGUUCCUUCACUUGACGGUGCAGUGUUUCUUUGCCGCGUUGUACAUUGUUUUAUCCAACAAUGCUGACCGCUCCACCAUCGCUAAACUCUUUGAGCUUCACGUCCUAAGAGAGACGGGCUUCAGCAGCACCUGCUUCACGUCCUGCUUGACCACGGACCAACAACAGACUCCGGGGGAGACGCCAAAUCUUCAAAUCACGGCCACCUUUGUGUCCGGUCUCCUCUCCCAGAGACACCGACACCUGUGGUCGUUCUGCACCCAGGCUCCACUGAUGGACAAAAAAGUGCGACACUUGGAGAGAUGUCUCUCCAAAGGCAUGCAGAGGCACUUCAAGUCCAUCCCACCGCCAGUGGAAGGUGAGAAGAAGAGCAUGCAUGCCAUGCCGGGUUUCGUCUGGCUCAUUAAAUGCAUCUAUGAGAUGCAGGACAGCAAGAUGGCCAAAGAGGUUUUGAGCAAGCUGGAUGUGGACCACCUGAAGUUGACCUACUGCAACAUCGGACCCGUGGAGUGUACAGCUUUGGCCUACGUGCUCCAACAUCUAAGGACUUCUGUGGGCAUUCAGUUGGACAACAACUCUGUAGGCGACGUGGGUGUGGAGCAGCUCCUUCCCUGUCUGCACAUUUGUAAUUCUCUUUACCUCCGAAAUAAUAACAUCACAGAUGAGGGGGUUCGCAAACUGAUUGCAAAGGGACUCCAGUGUGACAGCUUUCAGAAGAUUGCGCUCUUCAACAACAAGCUAACCGACGCUUGUACGGAACACUUUUCUCACCUUUUGAGGACCAAGCAGAAUUUCCUCUCUUUGAGGCUUGGCAACAACAACAUCACAUCGGAGGGAGCGAAACAGCUGGCGAAGGGGCUGGAAUUCAACCAUUCGCUGAGAUUUUUAGGUCUGUGGGGCAAUAAAGUUGGCGAUGCAGGUGCAGAAGCCAUUGCCGGCGCCCUGGAAGGCAGCAAAACUCUAACAUGGCUGAGCUUGGUGGGCAAUGGCGUGGGGAGUGCUGGAGCGCGUGCCUUGGCUAAAAUGAUCAAGAGUGACACGUCGCUGGAGGAGCUCUGGUUGACAGAAAACUGCAUCACCAGACACGGAGUAGAGUGUUUGCUUGAAGCCCUGGAACACAACACGCAUGUCAAGUCAGUGUGGUUGAGAAACAACAAUCUGAGUGUGGAGGAAGUGGAAGAGAUGACACAACGUGAAUCAAGACUGAUCUUCUGACUUUUAAACAUUUUUUAUUUAUUGGAAAUUGGCCGUUGGUUCUAUUGGGACAGUCCCUUUUUGCAGGAAGGAUUCCUCUCAUAUUCUUCUUUUACAAGGCUGUCUAAAUAAAGAGAGGUGACUAGAAUUGAAGACUAAUAAUUGAUUCUACACAAAGACGUGCAAGCAAAAGCGAUACCAGCGCUGGAAAAAGCGCUGAGCUGUCUAAAGUCCAUAUCGCCUUCUCUGAAAAUAGUCGCUCUCCACAUAUGCUUUUGUCCGUGUCGCUGCCGAGAUCGAAACCGAAAGUUAACUGGGCGUGUGUGUGCACACAUUCUUGUCCACUCACUCUCCACACCCGGUACAUCCCAACACAAAUAAAACCAGAGGGGUUAAUAAGUGUGUGAACCAUACUUGCCAACCU